AUGAGCCGGAUCUCUUUCCGAUCAUCCACCGGAGGGGGCAUGAGGGGCUUCAGCUCGGGCUCUGCCAUCGUGGCAGGAGGAGGAGGAGGAGGAGGAGGCACCCGCAGCAGCUUCAGCUCCAUCUCCGUCUCCAGGGUCGGGGCAGGACGAGCCGGAGGCGGCUCCGGAGGCUUCGGGGCCGGCGGGGGCUUCGGCAGCAGGAGCCUCUACAACCUCGGGGGGAGCAAAAGGAUCUCCUACGGCUCCUCGGCCAUCGGGGGGGUCCGCGGCAGCGGCUUCGGGCUGGGAGGAGCCGCUUUCGGCUUCGGAGGAGCCGGCGCCGGCGGCGCUUUCGGGCUGGGAGGUGUCGGAGGAGGUGUCGGAGGUGUCGGAGGAGGAUUCGGGCUGGGGGGCGCCGGGUUUGGAGUCCGGGGAGGGUUCCCCGCGUGCCCCCCGGGAGGGAUCCACGAGGUGACGGUGAACCAGAGCCUGCUGGCCCCGCUGAAGCUCGACAUCGACCCCGAGAUCCAGAAGGUGCGCACGCAGGAGCGGGAGCAGAUCAAGACCCUCAACAACAAGUUCGCCUCCUUCAUCGACAAGGUGCGCUUCUUGGAGCAGCAGAACAAAGUGCUGGAGACCAAGUGGAGCCUCCUGCAGGAGCAGGGUCACACCGUCACCAGGAAAUCCCUGGAGCCCCUUUUCGAGUCCUACAUCAACAACCUGCGCCGGCAGCUCGACAGCCUGCUGGGCGAGCGGGGCCGGCUCGACUCCGAGCUCAGGAACAUGCAGGACAUGGUGGAGGACUUCAAGAACAAGUACGAAGAUGAGAUCAACCGGCGCACCGGGGCCGAGAACGAGUUCGUGGUCCUCAAAAAGGACGUGGAUGGUGCUUACAUGAACAAGGUGGAGCUGCAGGGCAAGGCAGACUCGCUGGCAGACGAGAUCAACUUCCUGAGGGCGCUCUACGAGGCGGAGCUGUCCCAGAUGCAGCAGCAGGUGUCGGACACCUCGGUGGUGCUUUCCAUGGACAACAACCGGAGCCUGGACCUGGACAGCAUCAUCGCCGAGGUGAAGGCGCAGUACGAGGACAUCGCCAACCGCAGCCGCGCCGAGGCCGAGGCCUGGUACCAGAACAAGUACGAGGAGCUGCAGGUCUCGGCCGGGCGCCACGGGGACGACCUGAGGAACACCAAGCUGGAGAUCUCGGAGAUCAACAGGAUGGUGCAGCGGCUGCGCAACGAGAUCGACAGCGUCAAGAAGCAGUGUGCCAACCUCCAGGCUGCCAUCGCCGAGGCCGAGGAGAGGGGGGAGCUGGCCCUGAAGGACGCCAAGGCCAAGCUGGCCGAGCUGGAGGACGCCCUCCAAAAAGCCAAGCAGGACCUGGCCCGGCAGCUCCGCGAGUACCAGGAGCUCAUGAACGUCAAGCUGGCCCUGGACAUCGAGAUUGCCACCUACAGGAAGCUGCUGGAGGGCGAGGAGAGCAGGCUGGCCGGAGAAGGAGUAGGAGCCGUGAGCGUCUCCGUGGUCAGCAGCUCCAGCGGGAUGGGAUUCGGCGGCGGGAGCUGCCUGGGAAUGGGCGGAGGGCUCGGCAUGGGCGGAGGAGGCGGCGGCGGCGCCUUCGGGGGGAGCAGCGGGGGCAGCGGCGGCUUCGGCGGGGGCAGCGGCGGCUUCGGGGGGCUCAGCUACGGCGGGGGCAGCGCCUUCAGCUCCGGGAGCAGCCGAGGGCUGAGCUCCAGCACGGGCGGCAGCGUCAGGAUCGUCUCCAAGACCACCACCAGCAAAAAGACCAUCAGAUAA